AUGUCAAUGACACGUGGAAAGAAGAGACCCAUGUUGCCCAUCCCUUGCCUCAUCCUUGCAGCCGCUAGCUGCUUUGCCAGACUGAGUGAAUCUCUGCAGGUCACAGUGCAACCUGCCUCCAUUGUCCAAAAGCUUGGGGGCCCAGUCAGCCUGGGGUGUGUGGUGGACCCCCCUAGAGUGAACCUCACCUGGAGACUGAAUGGGAAGGAGCUGGCUGGGUCGGACGAGGUGCUGGGUAUCCACAUCGAGCGAGGAAAACUUGUCAUCACAGCUCUCAACAACCACACCGUGGGGCGAUACCAGUGCAUUGCUCGUGUGCCUGAAGGAGUCAUUGCCAGUGUCCCUGCAGUGGUCACAUUAGCUAAUCUCAAAGACUUCAAGUUCGAUGGCCAGCAUGUGAUCGAGGUGGAUGAAGGGAACACAGCCGUGAUCGCCUGCGACCUGCCCGAAAGUCACCCCAAGGCUCAGGUGCGCUACAGCGUGAAGCAGGAGUGGCUAGAGGCCUCCCGAGACAAUUACCUUAUCAUGCCAUCUGGGAACCUUCAGAUCGUCAAUGCCAGUCAAGAGGAUGAGGGGACUUAUAAAUGUGCUGCCUACAACCCCGUGACGCAGGAGGUGAAAACCUCGGUCUCCAGCGAGAGGCUCCGCGUGAGACGUUCCACAGCGGAGGCAGCCCGGAUAAUCUACCCCCCUGAAGCUCAGACCAUCAUUGUCACCAAGGGCCAAAGCCUCAUCCUGGAGUGUGUGGCCAGCGGGAUCCCCCCACCGCGGGUCACCUGGGCUAAAGAUGGCUCCAGCGUCUCUGCGUACAACAAGACACGCUUCCUUCUCAGCAACCUCCUGAUCGACCCCACGAGUGAGGAGGACUCAGGGACGUACAGCUGCACGGCUGAUAAUGGGGUUGGGGAGGCUGGAGCCGCGUUCAUCUUCUACAACGUGCAGGUGUUCGAGCCCCCAGAGGUCACCAUGGAGCUGUCCCAGCAGAUCAUUCCCUGGGGCCAGAGCGCCAAGUUCACCUGCGAGGUGCGAGGGAACCCCCAGCCCUCGGUCAUGUGGCUGCGCAACGCCGUCCGAGCUACACUCAGCCCUGGGCGAGAUGCCCAGCUGGGCUCGGCUCAACCUCCAACACCACCUUCCAGGGACAGUGCCUUAAAGCUGCCCCUGGAUAAAGCUGGGCUGCCAAAGCCUGGGACGACCCCGCUGGCAGCAUCUCCACAGUGUGCAACCAACAGGGAGCUGGUGUCUCCAGCCGAGGCCCCCAUCAUCCUCAGUUCUCCUCGGACAUCCAAGACGGACAGCUACGAUCUGGUGUGGAGACCCCGGCCUGACAGCAGAGCCCCCAUCCUCUAUUACGUGGUGAAGCAUCGCAAGCAGGUCACCAACGCCUCGGACAGCUGGGCGGUGAGGGACGUCCCAGCCUCGCAGCACCGCCUGACCCUCACCAGGCUGGACCCUGGGAGCCUCUACGAGGUGGAGAUGGCCGCUCACAACUGUGCUGGCGAGGGACAGACGGCCAUGGUGACCUUCCGGACUGGCCGGCGCCCCAAACCAGAGAUUGUUGCCAGCAAAGAGCAGCAAAUCCAGAGGGAUGACCCAGGCACGAGCACUCAGAGCAGUAACCAGUCCGACAACAGCCGUCUGUCCCCUCCAGAGGCACCGGACCGUCCAACCAUUUCCAUGGCAUCAGAGACAUCUGUGUAUGUGACCUGGAUCCCCCGUGGGAAUGGUGGGUUCCCCAUCCAGUCUUUCCGUGUGGAAUAUAAGAAAUUGAAGAAGUUGGGAGACUGGGUCCUGGCCACCAGUGACAUUCCUCCCUCUCGCCUCUCUGUGGAAAUCCCAGGCCUGGAGAAAGGCACGUCCUAUAAAUUCCGUGUCCGGGCACUGAACAUCCUGGGAGAGAGCGAGCCCAGUGCAGCGUCUCGGCCAUAUGUGGUGUCCGGGUACAGCAACCGAGUCUACGAGCGCCCUGUGGCCGGCCCGUACAUCACCUUCACAGAUGCCAUCAAUGAGACCACCAUCAUGCUGAAGUGGAUGUAUAUCCCAGCCAGCAACAACAACACUCCCAUCCAUGGUUUUUACAUCUACUACCGCCCCACUGACAGUGACAAUGACAGCGACUACAAGAAGGACGUGGUGGAAGGAGAUCGGUACUGGCACUCCAUCAGCCACCUGCAGCCGGAGACCUCGUAUGACAUUAAGAUGCAGUGCUUCAAUGAGGGUGGUGAAAGCGAGUUCAGCAACGUAAUGAUCUGUGAAACCAAAGCUCGGAAGUCUCUUGGUCUGCCAGGUCGUCUUCCACCCUCAACAGUGCCGCCCCGGCAGCGUCCCCCACUCAGUGGUGGGCACAGUGGCCUGGGGACGGGAGCUAUGGUGGCCCGUUCCAGCGACUUGCCAUACUUGAUUGUAGGCGUUGUGCUGGGCUCUAUCGUACUCCUCAUCGUGGCCUUCAUCCCCUUUUGCCUUUGGAGAGCCUGGUCCAAGCAGAAGCAAACCAUUGACAUGGGCUUCCCAGGAGCCGGGCUGCUGGUAUCAUCCUGCCAGUACACUAUGGUGCCGCUGAGGGGCAUCUCUGCUCCUCGUGCCAAUGGACAUCCCUACGUUAACGGGCAGGCCUAUGCCAACGGGGCACACCUGAAUGGCAUCUGCCCCGCUGCAGGAGUGGGCUAUGCAAGCACCAAGCCCAGAGAUUACUGCCCCGAUGAAGUGCCACAGUCACACGAGGAGACCAACGCCUUGCUGCAGGCGAGAGUGCUGCAAAACGGGAAUGCCCAGCAAGACUACCAGCCCUCCAGGUUGCCCAACUCAAGAACAGAAGACAGCUCUUUCCUCUACAGUCUUCCAGAUGACUCCACUCACCAGCUUCUUCAGCCACAGGAUGACUGUCCUCACCUUCAAGAGCACUUUGUUGGCCUCCAUCCUCCAGUGAUGGGCAGCAAAGUGGGAGGCCCUAGCCUGGAUGGUCGACGGGAUCCCCUGUUCCACCAAGGAAGCCCUUGCUGCCUCGGCCUAGUGCCAGUUGAAGAGGUAGAAAGACUAGGUUGCUGCCAGUCCAGAGGAGAUCUCCAUCCCCAGAAUCCAAUGAUCACAUCUUUGGCUCAGGACCUACCAAGACAUCUGAAGAGCAGCCCGCCACCACUGCGGCCCUUAGAGACUCAUUCUCCUACUAGCUAG